UGAAAAUUAAUAUAUCAAGGUUCAUAAAUAAACAAUAAUCAAUGGAAUUUACCGUUUCUAAUAUUGAGAAAUUAGCGGAACUGCUUAGACCACCCGAACCAGAUGUUUUGCAAGGCGAUGAUUUACAUUUAACGGAUUAUGAAAUAACGUCGUCAAGAGGAAACAAAAAACCUGAGACGUUAAAAGACCAAAAACUACCUAGGACUAUAGAAGAAUAUGAGUUGCAACAAGCUGAAGAAGUGGAGCAGAUGGGUAAAACUGGAUUGGGAGCAGAAGAUUGCAAAGCACCCGCUUUUACUAUGAAUUACCAACAGUCUGUCAGCGCAGAAGACGUGUUUCUGCAGAUGGGCCCCAAAACACCAUCAUCUGCUAGCUGUGAAAAUUUAAUUGUAAAAAUAGCAAUGCCAGGUGAUAAAAAAGAAAACAUAGACUUAUCUGUUGAUACUAACAGCGUAACGAUCCACUCCUCUCGGUACUAUUUGAAACUUCCCUUACCCCAUGAAAUUAAUCCUGACACGUCGAAAGCAAACUGGGACAGCGCCGAAGAAUCAUUAGUGUUGACUUUGAAACUAAAUAGAGAAUUUGAUUUUAUCAAUUUCUGAAGACAAUAUACAUAUAAUAAAUAAAAAGACCAA